AUCUAACUUGAUACGUACUAUUGAUCGCAAUUCCGGGAGCUUUCAUGGCGCAUGCUUGAAGUAUCUCCCUGAAAAUUUGCGAUUGCGGCACUGCGUGGUCAUCAUUACCAGUUUGCCGGUAUCAUCUGCUUUAGUUUGAAAAUACAGCUCAUUUUUCUCUAACGGUUGAUAUUGCGUAUCAAGAAUGGGUAAGGAAAAGACUCAUAUUAACAUCGUCGUCAUCGGCCACGUAGACUCUGGCAAGUCUACAACAACUGGCCACUUGAUCUACAAAUGCGGGGGCAUCGACAAGAGAACCAUCGAAAAGUUCGAGAAGGAAGCACAGGAGAUGGGAAAAGGCUCAUUCAAGUAUGCUUGGGUAUUGGACAAGCUGAAGGCUGAGCGCGAGCGCGGUAUCACCAUCGAUAUUGCUCUGUGGAAGUUCGAGACGGCGAAGUACUACGUGACCAUCAUUGACGCGCCCGGCCACAGGGACUUCAUCAAGAACAUGAUCACCGGCACUUCUCAGGCUGACUGUGCCGUGCUGAUAGUAGCUGCAGGCACAGGGGAGUUUGAAGCUGGCAUCAGCAAGAAUGGCCAGACCAGGGAGCACGCUCUGCUGGCGUUCACUCUUGGCGUAAAGCAACUGAUCGUGGGCGUCAACAAGAUGGACUCCACCGAGCCGCCGUACCACGAGGCGCGCUAUGAGGAGAUCAAGAAGGAAGUAUCUUCCUACAUCAAGAAGAUUGGUUACAAUCCCGCGACCGUUGCCUUCGUGCCAAUAUCCGGGUGGCACGGAGACAAUAUGCUUGAGCCAUCUGACAAGAUGCCGUGGUUCAAGGGGUGGAGCAUCGAACGCAAGGAGGGCAAGGUUGAGGGCAAAUGCCUCAUUGAGGCUCUAGACGCGAUCCAACCCCCGUCUCGGCCAACGGAGAAGCCUCUGCGUCUGCCGUUGCAAGACGUCUACAAGAUCGGCGGUAUUGGCACGGUGCCAGUCGGACGAGUUGAGACUGGUAUACUCAAACCAGGUAUGGUGGUGGUGUUCGCGCCAGCAGCCAUCACUACUGAGGUGAAGUCUGUGGAGAUGCACCACGAGGCACUGCAAGAAGCCAUGCCCGGGGACAACGUGGGUUUCAAUGUGAAGAACGUGUCAGUGAAGGAGUUGCGUCGUGGCUACGUCGCCGGGGACUCCAAGAACAGUCCACCGAAGGGCGCUGCCGACUUCACGGCUCAGGUGAUCGUGCUGAACCACCCGGGGCAGAUCAGCAACGGUUACACCCCGGUACUGGAUUGCCACACCGCGCACAUUGCCUGCAAGUUUGCUGAGAUCAAGGAGAAGUGCGACCGUCGUACCGGUAAGACGACUGAAGUGGAGCCGAAGUCUAUAAAGUCGGGAGACGCGGCCAUUGUGACGCUGAUGCCGACCAAGGCGUUGUGCGUGGAAUCGUUCCAGGAGUUCCCGCCGCUCGGCCGCUUCGCUGUGCGCGACAUGCGCCAAACUGUGGCCGUCGGCGUCAUUAAGAGUGUGACCUUCAAGGAGGUGACUACUGGUAAAAUCACCAAGGCCGCCGAGAAGGCCCAGAAGAAAAAAUAACUAUCGGGCACCCUGAAACAUGGAGAGCAGUCGCUGAAUCUCUGCAAGGCUGCUCCGUCAUCCAUUCCUCAAUGUUCCCCCUCUGUAGUCCCUUGUAGCCCCCCUCAUAGCUAUCCAAUAUCGAUGUAUUGUCGUCGCCCCCCCUCGCUAGUCCCGCGUGUCCCCCCACGUAAUCAUCCAAUAUCGGUGUUGUAUCGUAGUAGUAAUGCUCGGAGCUUCUUUUCUCAUGUCUCCCUAGUACCCAACUCUUGCAUUUAUCAUAAUAAGAUACUCGUUCGUUUUAGUUCCACGUAUGUGCUAAGUUUAUUAAUUUUUAAUUAUUUUAGUCGUAAGUUAUUUUCCAAGUUUGAAUUUCCUUAUUUGAAAGCUCGUUAUAUCCUCAUUUUUCACCGGAAAGAGUUCAGGAGGAAAGGCAAUGUAGGAUCUAUUGAAUUUUUAAACCGUUUCACCUCGGACUUCGGACGCGCUCUGGCCGUACAGUGUUAACUGUACUGACAGAGCGAAGCUAAAUUAUUGUGUCGUGUACGGCAACUUUAAUGUUGAUUACAAAACGCUUCUAGCGUUUAAUUUUUCUAGAUUGUUCUCAUUAUUUUAUAAGUCCGAUACCAUUUCGGUGAUGAAAUUGUACUGAUCAUAUUUAAGGCCGUUUAUGGUAUUAUUUUCGUACGGUGCAUGAAACCUUGACUAGGUUAUUGUAAGGAUUUACCAUCAGAACGUAGUGAAGGGCGAUUGGUUCUAAACUAACUCCCUGUAGUUGAAUUUAAGGGUAUGAUAUUGAGCGUUAUGAACGUUUUUCUAUAAUUUUUACAAAAUUGUGAUUCUGUUCCUAGAGCGUGAAUAUUUUGAAUAUUUUCGAUAUUUUAUAAAUGAAAUACUCUCAAUUUUAUAACUUUGGGUUAUCUAUCUUAGAUAGGAACGUGUAAAGGUUUAAACAUUCAAUUUUGGCGAAGGAAAAUGAAAUUACUGAUAUUGAUGAUAACAAAACCAUUUGAAACUCUUUUAAACUAAAUGUAUCUUAAUAUUUUCAAUAAUUUUGUAUAGACCUUAACCCUGACAAAGCCAAUAAAGAAGCUACUGUGGUA